CAGUGAAACUGCAGGAGUGAAACCAAAAGUUAAAGUGAGUUACAAGCAAUCGAGAUGGCGGCCUGUCAAUCCAGUUUAUCCCUGACCGAGGACCUGACCUGCUCCAUCUGCCUGUCCCUGUUUGUGGAGCCGGUGCGGCUGGGCUGUGACCACAAUUUCUGCAAGUCCUGCAUCCAGAGGUGCUGGGCAAACCAGGGGGAGGCGGCGUCCUGCCCAGAGUGUCGCGCUGUGGCCCCCAGCAGAGGCUACACCAGCAACAGGGUGUUGGCCAAUCUCUGUGAGAAAGCCCGGCAGCUGGAGCUGAACCCGGCUCUGCAGCAGGAAGGGGGUCCCCGCUGUCUGGAACACGAUGAGAAGCUGAAGCUGUUCUGUGAGGACGACCACGCUCUGAUCUGUGUCAUUUGUCGAGAUUCCCCCGCACACUCAGGCCACAGCUUCCUGCCUGUCACUGAUGCAGUGAGAAAGUACAAGAAUGAACUGAAAGAGCUCUUGAGUUCCGAGGACGACGACGUGAAAAUGAUAAGCGAAUUAAAACGAAACCAGGCGAAGGAGAUUUCAAAACUGGAUCAAUUCACAGCAUCCCUGGAGAAAGACAUCACUGCAAAGUUUGCCAAGAUUCACCAAUAUCUCAAAGACAAGGAGAAGCAUUCAAUUAAUCAGCUGAGGAGACGAAAGGAGGAAGAUCAGCGACGAUUGGAAGAGAAUAUGAAACAACUAGAAGAAGUUGCUGCACUUUUUGAAACUCUUAUGAGCUUUGUUGAGGACAAUGAGCAGAAUACUGGCAUCUCCUUUCUCAAGAAAUUGGAAAGAUUGAAAGAAAAAUUUGAGGACGAAGUGAAGGAAUUGGAAAUUUUCCAGCACAACGAUGAGAUGGAGACGGUGGAGUUUGAGAGAGAGAAGUACACAGGGUUUCAAAGUCCCUUACUGUGUGCAGUGUGGAAGGAAAUGAAACCAAUCAUUGCUCCAGAUGCUAUCUUCCUGACCCUGGACUCAAACACAGCACAUCCAGGCCUCAUUCUGUCUGAAGACCGAACCAGUGUGAGAUAUGGUGCCAGACAAUUACAGCUUCCUAAUAAUCCGGAGAGGUUCGACACGGCUCCUUAUGUCCUGGGAUUGCAGGGAUUCACUUCCGGGAAACAUUACUGGGAAGUGGAGGUCGAGGACAAGACUGAGUGGGAUGUGGGUGUGGUCAGAAAGUCAGCCAGUCGGAAGGGAAAGAUAACACUAGAUCCUAAAACUGGAUACUGGAUUGUGUUGCUGAAAAAUGGGAAUGAAUACAGAGCCAGUCAAAGUCCAUUAGUCCCCCUGAGUCCGAGUGUGAAACCCAGAACCAUCGGAGUUUACCUGGACUAUGAGGGAGGGCUGGUGAGCUUUUACAAUGCUGAUGACAUGUCUGUACUCUACACGUUCACUGACACAUUCACCGAGGAACUCUUUCCUUUAUUCUCUCCUGGAGUGUGCAAGGCAGGUACAAACGUUGCCCCUCUUAAACUCCAUCGUUUCGGACCAUAGAUCCCUAAAUUCUUGUCAGAGCAAGAAGGGAUAGAGUGCUGACAUUGACCCCCAAUAAGGUGAGAGAAGGGUAAAAUGGCCAUUUUAUGAAAUGUGAUCUGUGGAGUGAAGUAGAGAGUAGCUAAGUGUAGCUCAGCAACAAGAGCUUCCCCAGCACUGCCUAUGAGCCAUGGAAGCAGGAAUUAAAGCCUUGUCUCAAAUCCUCCUUCCCCUUCAAGCAAGAUGCUGUGGCUAAAUCACAACAAGUUAGCUUUAGUUUGGCUACUUAUGAAGAAAUAUCACAGAUGGUUAAGUACAAAAUGAAUGAUUUAAACAUUAUUGCAUGUAGCAGCCAAAAAAGACCCCUCAGGGAGGCAAGUUAAGCUUCACAGCUCAACAGGGAUAUUAUCAAAACUGAGAUGAGGAGGAGUUUCUUCUCUCAAGAGGGUUGUGAGUCUUUGCACCUCCUUCCCACAGAAAGCUGUGGGGGUAGAGUCCUUGUGUAUAUUCAAGACUGAGACAGCUAAAUUCUUGAUCAGCAAGGGAAUCAAAGGUUUAUAGCGUAAAGGCAGGAAAGUAGAUGUUCGGAAUGUCAGACAGGUAUGGAAACCACUUUGAGGAUCCUGACCACACUGUCCUCUGAGGUAACCGUUUUUUAGCAGAGUUGUUUUCUAACUUAAGUUGUUUACAAUAAUUCUUUUGCCAACCUUGCUGCUGUGUCCUCUCACCCACUCUCUCUAUAUGGGAGCUGUGUCAGAACCGCACCACUAGUUAUCUGCUACUAACUUCUGCUAACAGUAUGCUACGUCACAGCCUAAUGUUGUUAGACCACCUAAUGUUGUUAGACAUGCAUUGUUCUGUAACUAACAGUAGGGUCAUUUGUAAUCCUAUAUAACCUGUGAGACCCUGCAGCUUGGCGGAGAGAUCGUGGUGUUGAGUGGUCACUGCUCUCUUCCCGUGACAUCAUGAAUAAACGCGUCAAUUACUCAAGGCCUGCACAUGAGAUUUAAUCAGCGAGAAACAGAAAACUGCUACAACAAUAGGCUAUCAUCUAUUGAAGCAAGCUCAAGGGGCUGAAUGGCCUCCUCCUGUUCUAAUUUCUCAUGGUCGGAAGGUCUUGCAAAGAGGUGGUAUUUUCCGAUGUUUUCGUGCUGUGGAUUAUCUAAGUCUCUAAAGCAUGCAGGAACCCAGGUUUCACUACUGCCCAUUUAACAAUGACUUCAGUCUCAGGUUUGAGAUGUUGGUUGCUGAUGUUUUUAACGAGAGCAUGGCCUCUGAACUGUGCCUCCCUGUCAAUGCUUCCAACUGAUGGCUUUUUUGAAAGGCCAUUUAGGGGUGUUAUUACACACCUCUGGAGCAAGUGGACUGGUCUUCUGCUUCACAAGCGCCCUCCCUUUGGAGUGCUCUUUUGAAGUAUUAUAACUAUAGGCAGGACAGACUGCAGCAAUGUAAGGACCUGAUUACCCUAGCUGAUAUCCCAGCAUCGCUACUACGCAAUCUGAGCCAUUAAUGUUCGAAUCAUAGAAUCCCUUCAGCACGGAAGCAGGCCAUUUGGCCCAUCAAGUCCACACCGAUCCUCUGAGGAGCAUCCCACCCUUACCCAACCCCUCUGUAAGCCUGCAUUUCCCAUGUCCGAUCCACCUAACCUGCACAUCCCUAAGCACUAUGAGGCAACUUAGCAUGGCCAUUCUCAUAACUGAACUUAUUGCAUCUCAUACUAAUAAAGCUGCUCCACCAUCUUUUCAUCCUUGCCUAUCCUUGUCAA